CAGAUGCACCUAGCGUGCGGCUGUGAGUGGUUGUGAUACACAGACAUGGUAGCAUUUGUUUUUGGUCCUCUUUCACACCGCUGAACAAACUUAAAGGCGUCAUGAACGACCGCGAGCUGGACCUGACGGCGGCGCAGAAAGCGACUAAGUCCAAAUACCCUCCAAUCAACAAGAAGUAUGAAUCGACAACUGUCACAUCGAUCCAGCGGUUAUGAGCUCGUCUAACAGCAUGCGUCAUCGUGUCGCCUUGUGUUUUACUAUCACAGACCUGGAUCACACGGCGGAUGUACAAAUCCACUCGUGGGGGAACGAUCUCGAGGAAGCCUUCGAGCAGUGCGCCAUGGGCAUGUUUGGCUACAUGACGGACACGGAGACCGUGGAACCGAUUGAUACCGUAGAAGUGGAGUCGGAGGGAGACGACAUGGAGUCUCUUCUUUUCCACUUCCUGGACGACUGGUUGUACAAGUUUAGUGCAGAUCUCUUCUUUGUUCCCAGGGAGGUGAAAGUUCUGCACAUAGACAGAAUGCACUUCAAGAUCCGCUCCAUUGGCUGGGGUGAAGAAUUCUCUCUGGUAAAACAUCCGCAGGGAACUGAGGUGAAAGCCAUCACAUACUCGGCAAUGCAGAUCCACGAUAUUGACAAACCGGAGAUAUUUGCCAUCAUUGAUAUUUGACAAUACCACCAGAGUCAAACUGCACUGCUCAUUCAAUAGAACUAAAAAUGUGACCGUUUGAUGUGGCCUUUUAUCUAAAUUCCUGAAUUACAACAUCUAGUCUUGUAUUUCUAAAGCAAAUUGUUUACAAACUGCAGGAUCACAUCAAAUAUAUUAAUUCACAAAUCACGGAAAUAAUGACUUUUUUCAUAGUUACUAUUGAAAAGUGAAACUCUCAUUUAGAACAAACAAUGCAAUGUUUUAGACAAAUUUUGUCAACCAAGUUUUACUCAAAUUGCUUUUGCAAAUUUUUAUUUAUAACACAUUUGACAUGAAUUGUGUCAAUGCCUCAUUGUAAAUAAAUCUACAUAUUUUUCUCCUGA